AUGGAGGAGGAAGACAUGGAGGAGGAGGAUCUUGAAGCUGGUAUUCAGUCUGUUGAUAGUCUCUCAAGGACUGGAAUUGCAUACAUAUCAAAUGUGGCGGUAAGGGAAAAAUUUAGGCAAAAGGGAAUAGCUAAACUAUUGGUGGCCAAGGCAGAAUCACAUGCCAGAAGUUGGGGUUGUCGUGCCAUUGCAUUACAAUGUGAUUUGAAAAAUCCUGCAGCCACAAAGUUAUACAAAGGCCAAGGUUUCAAAUGUAUCAAGGUUCCAGAAGGAGCUAACUGGCCUCAACCAAAGACUCCACCGGAUGAUAAUUUCCACUUCAUGCUGAAGCUUCUCAACAAACCAGUUGCUUCUAAAUCUAAUUAG